UGAACAUAGCUGGGGACAGAUCUUGUGUUAGCUCUUUUCUCUGGUCCUCUGCGGCUAUUCUGCCCUUUGGGGUGGGUUAUACCUCUUUCGGAGACCCCUCAAGUUUUCUUUCCUUUUUCUUUUCCAUUGUAUUCAUCCUUUUUAUGCAAAGCAAGGAAUAAGAAAAAGGAAAGAGGAAAUAAAACAGGCCUAAAGUGUGAAAACACACACGAAGUCCAGGAAGCGAACAUAAUGUUUAUCUCAAUGGCUGAAUCAUUAAACUCUGACCCCAUAAUAAAAUGCUUAAUCAAGGUUGAUGUGGUUGAACGCUUCUUAUCUAGAACCACCCCUUGCAGGUAGAAAUCCAGCCACCCAGAGUGGUUGAGAGUCGGGCGGUGCCUAAAUCGAAUGAAUUAAAUGAAAUCCCCGACAGAAUUCUGGCUGAGCGUUUUCCCUUGAUGUGCUAAUUUUCUACAUGCGGGUGUGGGUUGAAUUACUGGGCAGAAUGGCAUCCUCUCAUGGAAGUCCUUCUGGAAGCCUAGGAGGCUGGCAGAAAACUAAGUUGGGACGACCUGCCAGCUCGUUUCAAAAAGCAAUUUCACAAGCCACAAUAGCUGGAUUGAGGUGAGCGGGCGGGAUGUGAGUCUGUCGCCCUGCUGAUCGGCUUCUGCAACUUGGUGCCCUCUAAAUAGCUUGGGGUUCAACUUUGGGGACUUCUAGCCAGCAAACGGGGCUGCUUGUCCUCAGCCUGACCCAUAAAAGCAAAGGAACUCACAGAGAUGGGAAGGUAGAGAGGGGAAAAGGGAGAAAAUUGGGGGUUGGCUAUUCCCCCCAUAAAAGUGGAAGUGGCAACCCGCAUUUUUCUCAGUGCUUCGGGGCGGUUUUGUGGUUGUUCCCGGCCCUUCGUGCCUGGGGCGUCUGCAAAGGAGGUCCAAAAAGUCAACAUGGCUGCUGCGAUGAUACGACCCAAGCCCCGCCCACUUUUUCUGUGCAUCACAGACCCCAUCUUGAUGUUUUUGACCACCUGGCCCUGCCCUGCUGUGCUACCUAGUAAUCAUGCUUCAGACCCUCCCCGUCAGCACGGACCCCUGCCUCAGCUCAAUUCAAAAUAACCCCAAAGCUCAUCCCAGCCCCUGCCCGUGUUUGUACUGAAAGGAAAACAUCUAUUUUGGAGCAGAUGCUCGCCGUGACACCGGCACUUGGAACGGCGGAUCUAAAACAAACAGGGGCUUGCCGAGAUGGAAACGCUUUGCUUCUCCCCAGCUGAUGUUUAGACAUCUUCCGCUAACAGGCCUGACAAAUGUUGGCUGUUUACACGGCUGGUGACAACGUUUGUGAGCAAAGCAGGCGAGGCAGAGGGGCGGGCAGCAAGGGAGGCUGAUCGCUCGGGGGCUUUCUCCCCUCGAUAAAAUCUUAUCUCAUCGCAGGGCUGUGAGGAGCCCCGGUGUCUUCCUGAGCGUUGUGGGUCGUACUGGAGCAACAUUUUCGGCAGGCGGUUCGGGUCUCACGAUGGACGGGUCUGCCUCGUGCAGGAUGGGACUUGGAUGUUGGAGCAUCUCGUGGGCUGAAGCUCUUGUCGGUGGAAGGCCCGUUUGUGCAGAUGAUGAUGUGAUUCCAGCGCAGAGCAUUCCCUGUUGGGUGCUGGGGUGUCACCCUUCCAUAACUAGCUCGUGCGUGUUGGGAAGUUACAGGCGUGUGCAUAGUAGCUCAAGAACAUUAGUUUGGUUUUCUUGGUAUUCUUUACUUGGAGACUAAAAGGGAGACAGUGUCAGUGUUCCUAACUCUUUCUGGUGAAUUUCUGCUGAACUUGAGAUUUAAAUCAGGGCUUCAUGUCCCAUUUGGCUCAUUGUCAGGUUGCUGUGAUGUGGCAACUCCUUUGAACAGAGUAGCUGGCCUUGCUCCUUCUGUAUUGGCAGGACUGCGCUGAACUCGGGCUGGAAGACCGUAGCUGUAAAUCAGAAUAAUUAUUCACGUUUGGACUGUGUCUCCAUGUAUCAGCAAGUAGUUCUUUAAUAUAUAUUGUGUAUGUGUGUAUGUACGUCUCCUUAGAUUUAUUGUUUACGUUGCCAAACCAAACCUGGAAAGUCCAUUUCUCCCCAGCUCCUUCUUACACUCCUUCCAGGUGUAACUUCCUGGUGGUUGCCCAAGAGAAGGGACCUCCUUCAGGCGUUUCUGUGAAUUCUUUUGACCUGCUUUCUGCUAGCUCACAGCCUGUGUUCCAGUUUUUAUUUGCAUGAAAGCUGUUGCAGCAAAAAAGAGCUGCAUUGUCCAAUUCUUCUGAAAUAUGUUCUUUUGCCUUUCUUCUGUCGACACAAGGAGAUGUUAAUGCCACAGGAGGCAGACCUGCUUGGCUCCGGGUGGCUUUAAUUAAAUUCAUUAGUUUAAUUAACGCUGGGGGGAAUUCCAGCCAGUGCAGUUUCUCCCUGCAUGAUGGGGUUUGUGAUACUUGCAAAACCACCCCUUUUAGGCAGCUUGAGAAUAUGGAUCCAGCAGCCUUCGCUUGCAGACAGUUCCCUUCCAAACCCCUGAUGUCUUUCCCAGGACGCAGAUCUGGAUUUCAGAAACCUGCAGCAGGCAUGUGGAAUUGCUGGUUAGGCAAAAAGAUUAGACCCUGGAUCCCUUUCCCUAAAAUAGCGAUGUAAGGGCAGGUAGAUUCCUUCAGGACGAGGUAGCUGAACUGGGCCGUGACCGUUAUGGGAGAGACUUCCAGGGGGUUUCUAAGAGUGGAGGGCUGUCAGAAAAAUUCAGACUUAACAAGAGACCGCGGCGUUCACACCCUCCUGGCUGCUUCUGAAAACGCUUUUGGCUUCCUCAGAGGCACUGCCAAAGUUAGGUGUUUCCACCCAAGCUUGAUGGCUCUUCUGACUUGGUCAGCAAUCAAGCUUGGGUGGACACAGCUUAUUUGGGAAGCGCGUUUUCAUGUUCUCCCACAUCCUAGCAGCUGGCCUGUUAGAGCAACUUGGGCCACAAAGCUUCCAGAGUUGGUAUGACCCAUCCGAGAGGCUGUUUUUCUCAUCGCAUUGGAGGUACACAAGAACCCUUGCCUGAACAGGCACAGCGCACAGGGCUUUUAAAGGCUCCGAUGCAGAGAAACUUCACUUCGCUGAGCAAGGAGAAUGUCUUCGAGAACAACGAGUUGGCUUUCCGCGUGGCUGAGAAGGAGCUGGGCAUCCCGGCUUUGCUGGAUGCUGAAGAUAUGGUUGCGCUCAAGGUGCCCGAUCGACUCAGCAUCCUCACUUACGUCUCCCAGUAUUACAAUUACUUCCACGGCAAGUCACCUAUUGGAGGGAUGGCUGGCAUCAAGCGCCCGGCUUCCCAACCCAGCGAGCAGCCGACUGGGAAGAAGGUGGUGUCCGAGCCGGCGGUCCCAAGUUCUGCAAAUCCAGCAAGGCAACAUCUUCCUCUUGAAUCCAGAACAGAACCAGCUGUGUCGGGGCGUUCUCUGGCAACGGGCACCUCUCCGGCGGUCCAAAGACGGGUCUUAGCCGAGAAGAACAAUGCGCAGCACGGCGACUGCGCCAUCUGCGGAACCCACGUCCACUUGGUGCAACGCCUGCUGAUGGACGGGAAGCUUUAUCACAGGAAUUGCUUUCGGUGCAAAGAGUGCUCCAGCACUUUACAGAGAGGAAACUACAAAGCUGGGCUUGGCCCAGGGACUCUCCUUUGUAGCCAACACGCAGGGCCAGCGUCUGCCCAGGGUCCUCCUGUCCAGCAGAGCCGUGGAGAGAGGAAGUCUUCCCAGGCCGCUUCAGGGAACUGGGGGAAGGGACUUGAACCGACGCCAGCAGCAUCGCCGGCGGUCAAGCCGAGUUGGGCCUUCCAGAACAACAACGCCACCCGACCAGAAGCUCAGGUGCCAUCAGAUCCCAGGAAUAAUAAAACCAGCAGGGUGUCCACCAGCCCGAGUUUGCAUCAGUUGGACCCUCCUACCCAACCAGCAGGUCAAGCCAUGACUUCUCCUUCAACAGGAUUAGAUCCAAGGAAUAAUAAAACCAGCAGGGUGUCCACCAGCCCAAGUUUGCAUCAGUUGGACCCUCCUACCCAACCAGCUGGUCAAGCCAUGACUUCUCCUUCGACAGGAUUAGAUCCCAGGAAUAAUAAAACCAGCAGGGUGUCCACCAGCCCAAGUUUGCAUCAGUUGGAUCCUCCUACCCAACCAGCAGGUCAAGCCAUGACUUCUCCUUCAACAGGAUUGCGGACAAAAAUCCAGCAGGCUCGGGAGAAGUUUUCCCAGGCUGAUCCCCCCUCUUCUGGCUUCACCACAGGCAAAACUGAGCCUGUUAGAACCCCCUACUCUCCUUCAAGGCCCUCGCAAGCCCCCGAGAAAACACCUCUUUCUGGGGCACAGGUCCCCAGCCACAGCGAGAAGGACCAAGCCCGGAGCGUCCUUAGCCGUGUCUUGCCAGGACCUCAGCCUUCGACCCACCCGCCGGGAGGGAUGGGCUCUGCUUUGCCCAAGCCCAUGGCAUCUAACACCAACCCGUCACCUCCUGGCACCUCCAGCGCCCGGGGUCUGCAGCCCCCGAAUGUCCCACCUGGCAGGCCCCUUAACAGACCAGCCUUUGCAGAAGCUCCAAGAGGGACAGAAACGCCCCCUCCGGUUGCGAAUCUCCCCAAGGAUCCACGCCACAAAGUGGGAGUCGGGGCCGAGCCCCCGAACAAAGCCAAGGGAUGGUCCGUCAGCACAUCUGCCAACUCUGGACGUAAACUGGACACAAACGUUGCUAAAGCAAAAAAUUUCAACGUGGCAGAAGAGAAAUCGGAGGGCCCCGAGGACUGGAGAUCGAGGCUGAAGCCGGUCAAAAUCCCCCACCAGGGUGAAGCCAAGACUUCUCAGAAACCUGCGGAUGUUCACAAGGUGGUGAUCAACGUAGAGGUGAAGCCGGAGCAGAAGGACAAAAAGCCGUCUCUUUUGGUCAUCACCCCUGCCGCUCCCAAUCCUGCGCCGCUGGCUGUUCAACCUCAGAAGAAGAAGCUCCUGGUGCCUCAGCUUGAUGUCUCCAGCAGCUGGCAGCAAGCGAAGCAGCUGUGGGAAUCGCAGCCAGCAACCGCCAAGCCGGAGAGUUGGGGACCCUCGAAAAAAGUGGUUGCCGCCGUCCCGCCGUCCGGCCCUGGAGCCUUCUGGAAGCAUCCAAGCGAUCCAGCGAUCUCUCCCACCAAGCUCCACCCGGAUUACGUUCCCGAGGAAGAGAUCCAGAAGGAAGUCCGGCAGAUUGAGAGAGACCUGGACAAGCUGGAGCAGAAGGGGAUCUCCCUGGAGAAACAGCUGCGGGGCUGCGAGGGAGAUGAUUCCGAAGAUGCCCUGAUGGUGGAGUGGUUCAAACUGAUCCACGAGAAGCAACUUUUGCUGAGACGGGAGUCCGAGUUGAUGCACAAGAUGAACCAGCAAAAACUGGAAGUGAAGCAGUGGGACAUUGAGAGCGAACUUCGCAGCCUGAUGAGCAAAGCGGAUUACUUGAAGACCCCGAACGAGAAGGCUCGAGAGAAGGAACUCCUGGACUUGUACUUGGACACGGUCAACCAUCGGAAUAAAAUUGUGGAAGACUUGGAUGAGGACAGACUCAGGGAACUAGAAGAAGAUGAGAUGAUUGCUGCCAUGAUCAAGAAGUUUGGCGUGUCUCGGACCACCCAGGAAAAUGAAAAAAAGAAAACCAAGUUUGGCUUAUUCAAACUAUUGAAAACCAAGAAUUGAGUCAGGGAGGGGAUGCAAGCAAAAGAAGCUUCAUCACCCAAAGCUACGGGUCUGGUUGCUCUUCAAACAACUUGGUCUUUCGUUUCUAAGAACUGUAAGCCCUUUGGCUGUCCCACGCUGGAAGAAAGCAGCAGCAGAAGGAAAGGAGGUCUCCAGGAAAUCUCGCCUUGCUUGGAGAGUGAGGAGCAAAACCUUGGAGGAAAAACAAAAUAGGCUCUGAAUGCAACCCGCUUGCUUUUGGAAAUUCACCUUCCAAAUGAAUUUUGGACUUGAUGGAGGGAAGCAUUCAGCCGCUUAGAAGCAGGCCCACUGCACGGAUAUCUUCUUCUCCAGCUGCAGGAGAAUUUGGGGUGCAUGGUUGCCCCCCAUCUUUCUCUGCCCGGACUGUAUCAUUUCACCUUUUCAGGAAGAGCAAAAUGUCCAUUCCCUUCCUACUUAGGAUCGGGCAGCCAUAAAUGGAUCCUUUGCAUGGCCCCCCACCCCCUCGGUGGUUCAUUUUUUGGCGGUCCCUCCGUCUAAUCCCUUUCUGAACGCUAGGUGGAACCGUAGCUCUCAGCAGGCCCGUCUGCAAGGGGCUGAAGGAAGACGCUCAGGAAGGCUCUUGCAUAAUAGGGUGAAUUACUGAAUCAUGACAACAAUGACAUGUGCUUCUGGUUCCGCGUUUUUGAGAAUCCCAGCAUCCAGAUUGACUCCAUACCUCGCCGGUGGGAUCAUCCCGACUGACUUUUGUACUUUUGUACUUUGUAAUAAAUCUAGAGUGAUUUA